AUGAGUCCCCCGCCGGAUGUGGGGGGACAACUUGAAGUCUUUGACUCGGGUGCAAUGGGAAAUGGCUCAUUUUUACUCGGUCGUUCGACUUUAUUUGAAUUGGAGAAAGUUGGAAGUAGCAAUUUGUUUGGAUGCUUUGGGUGGAUCGGGUUAAUUAUGACAGAACUUAAUAAUUUAAUUUUUUUCAGGAUCGGAAAAAGCCAGAUAAACGCUUUAGGAUAAUUUCUAUUUGAGUUUUUUUGGAUUUAUCAAAUAAGGUUUCAAGCAGAAAUUUAUCAUACUUGAAAUGAGAAAAGCUUUUUAAAACCUUGAAAAAAAGUUUUUUUGUUAGUUUUCACAAUUUUUUUAGAAGUUUCCUAAACUUUGAAAUUAUAUUUUUUAGUUGGAUGUUCCAAAAACUUGGAGCUCCACCACAAGAACUAGAAUUCGGAACUUUUUUAUUUUAGUUCUCCGUUUUUUUUUCUUCUCUUCUUCUUCCUAGAACCCAACGGACUUAGAAACUAAAAAUCAAGAACCUUCUAUUUUCCUUUUGAAUCUUUUGAAGCCUCAGAAAUCAUAGUCCUUUUGAGUGCGCCUCACUGAUUCGUGGUAUUCAAAGGCACAUACAUGAUUAGGCCUCUUGGCACUUCCUCGAAUAAAUUAUUCUCCUCUUCCUCACAUGAAAACCAGGAAAAAGAAGGAAAAGAAGUUGAAACACUCGCGGUUUCUCAUCGUUUUUUAUGGCCCGACGGGCCUUAUUGCCAUGGGAGGCCCGAAAGAGCCACGGAAAUGAGUGGGAUAAACAUGCGCGUGUGUCUCUGAAACACGACGGGAAUUAUUUAUGAUCUCGGACCUCCUUUCCAGGCUUUUGUUCGGUUGAUGAGCUCAAAUUGGUGAGGGGGUUUCAAAGAUUGUUUUGACUUGGAAGAAAAGGAAAUGAAAUGAAGCUUUUCUAAAGGUUUGAUAUGGUAUAAAACUGUAAGUUUAGGGUUUAUUGGUUGGAAAAUGUUUGGCUGACGUAGAAAAGAAACUUGAAAUUUGAAAAAUUGCAAACUUCGCCGGAAACUAUUGACAAGAUUUUUUUUUUGAGUUCUCUUCGGUUGAUCAGCUCAAAAGUGAGGGGGUUUCAAAGAUAGCUUUACUGUUUUGAGCUGCAAGUAAAAACGAAACCUUAGAAAUCGAAUUAGUUUACUGGUUAAGGGUUAAAAGUGGGAUUCGGAAAAAAAUUGCAAAUAAUCAAAAAAAAAAAUCUCAAAGGUUGCCCACUUUAACCCAGGCUUAAUUUUUGAUGACUUGAACGGCUCCUGCUUGUUUUACGAAAAUUGUAUCAAUAAAAUGCUCUAAAUUAUAUGAACUACAGUGAAAAAAUGAUCUUUCUUAAUAAUUUCGUUGAUUUUUCAGUAAAUACCGCGCCGCCGCCGGAACGAAGCUGGGUGAUGAUACGGCAUGCAGAUCCCGAUCGACCUAUUGGUAUCUUUUUCGUUUUUUAUUCGAAGAUUGGAGUAUUUUCUGCGAUUCAACUACGUUAUUCUCUUUUUCAUGAUAUCGUAGGAAUAAAAUAGGAGAUUGGUCACUCGAAAAUUCAUUAAGUCACUGGUUCUCACGCGACUUGGAAUUUUUUAUUCGCUGGAAAAUUUUUUGGGUUUUUAAUUGGAAAACUGAACCGUCUGGUUUCUGGGGUUCAUCGUUUCAAAAAAAAAUUUCUAACUUUUGAAGGCCUUUAUGUCAUCAUUUCUGGAAGAAAAAUAUAAAAAAUUUACAAUUUUGAGUCUGAAAAUCAAAUAGUCAAGUAACUUUCCUAGAAUCACAGACUAGACUUCAUUUUUAAAAAUCAAAAAUCCACUAAUUUUUUUCGAGAAAAAAAUGCAAAAAAACUGUUAGAUUUUUAUUGUUUUUCCAUUCUGAAAAUAAUUUUUCGAACCUAAGAUCUCUUUUUUUACGUUAUUCAUGUAACUUUUCAAGUUUUUUUAAUAGUUGAACCCGUUUUUUUCAAGCCUUUGGAGAUGACUUAUUAAUCUUGUCUUUUUUUGUUCAGAACAUUUCAAGUUUAAAAAGAAAACCUUCAACUUUUUCAAAAAGACGAAAUCCACCGCCUAUGACUGGUGGAAACCUUUUUUUUCCUUGCGAAGAAGAAAGGAAAAAAAACUUUCGAUUGUGCCCUUUUUCUUAAGGUGAAAAAGCGCUCGUCGCAAAUGGCCUGUGCACGGAUUUGCAGCUUUUUUUUGUUCUUCUUUUUUUUUUCCGAUAAACGGACUUUUUUGAGAUUAAAAAAAAAGUUGCUGGUGUCCUUUGAAGAGGAAAUAGUUCAGUUCUAAACUUCUCAUUUCCGUUCUUGAGGUCUAUGAAAAACGAAUAAAUUCGGUAUUUCGAAAUCAUAAAACUCAGUCUCCCAUUUAGAUACAACUACAAUUUAAAGCUGGUUUGCGUCAAUUCUAAGUAGACUAUAAAAAUAAUUGCGCCGAAAAGAGAUAUUUUUCUGAAAAUAGGCCUUUUUGUAGUUUAUACGCCAUAGUCUGGUGUCGGAUCUCAAAUUACUUUUUUCGAAAAGUUUUGAGACCGGUUUUGAAGUCAGUCGCAGUGAUUUUGGUACAACCUGGGGAUAGAUCAAUCGAGUUGACAUGGGGAAUUGACUGAAAUAAAUCAUUCAUAAAGCUUGAUUUUACAGUUGAAUUGAGUUAUUAAAGCUCUACUAUACACUAAAAUGGAAGAAAACAUGUUCUUUUCAGCGACAUUCACGGUGUUGUGCUACAACGUCCUUUGCGACAAGUAUGCGACGGUCAAUCAAUAUUCGUACUGUCCGUCUUGGGCUCUCAACUGGGAAUAUCGCAAGAUGGCCAUCAUGAAGGAGAUCCGCAACUACGAAUCCGAUAUCAUCACUCUACAGGUUUGCAAAGGAGAUUUAAGAACCUCAAAAGAAAAAAAUGUCAGUAGAAAUGAAUGAGAAAUUGGCAAAACCCUGAGCGUUUCUGGUGCUAUAGUGACCACUUGAAAGGAAUUUGAAGUAUUAUUAUUAUGGUGGGCUAAAUUUUAGUGGUUUCUUCAGGGUUUUCACGUUUUAGUGGCCACUGUAGUAGUCGAAAUAGUGGCAACUUAAGCGGCCUCUUUAGAAGUGGUACUACUGGACCACUGAGAGAUGUUUCGGCUAUUCAGACCCAAAAAAGUGGCUGCUUUAGAAGGGUUUUAGUGGCCACUUAUGUGUCCUCUCCUCGAAAACCUCUUAAGAGGUCACUAGAGCUUUUCAAAUUCAUUUUAUCGAAUUUUUCUUUAUUAGAGACCGGAAAGAAUUCCGAUUGAAAGAGGAUAUUUGAAAAAUCAAUAGGAGAAAUUUAUUCUACUCUUUCUUGCAUUUCUUGAUUGAUAAUUGUUUUUGAAAACUCUUCUCACUUUUUUUUUGUGCGUCAGCAAUAUUUAUAGCAACAAUUUUCUGAGCACGCAACACAUGCAAAAACUUGUUUAUCUGUUGAAUGAGCGAAAACCAGAAUAAUUAGAAGAAGUUCAGACCCAACAGGGAUGGGCAUCUUUUGGACUUCUCCAGUUAAAAUAUAGCCUUUGGCCUUUAUUAAUUUUCUAAUGGGAAGCAAGCUCAAGUUUCGGAAUGCCUGAACACACGGAAAGAAUAGGAGAACCAGCAAAAAAAGUGGGAAAAAGGAACGGCAGGAACUUCCGGCGAAGGGUGUCCAAUUUCAUUGAUGGAAUGGGAAUAUAGAAUGUAAUAUGAGGGAUUUCUCCAAAAAAUUCAGUGUAACAUUCCAAAAAUAGAAAAUUUUUGGGCUUAUUUAUAAGGAAAUCGUUAGAGUUCAAAUCAAAUCAUUUAUUUUGUUGUUUUAGUCUGGUGUAAUCGACUAGGCGGUGAACAAGAACUUUUAAAGCUAUAACGAACAACCGCCUUUGGCGAGCUAGAAGUCCAAACGUGUAGUCGAAAGAGUUGAAAGCAUGGUCUCACGGUGCUUCGCCUCGUUCUUCUGCGCGUAGUUCAUCCAGUUGCGCCUUGACGAGCUCAGAAUGUAGCGGAUGUUGUGCUGGAGCCCGGAGACCGUGCUCUAUGUGGAAGCCUCAGAAUGAGAGCGACCACUUCGAGUGAAGAUUUUACACGGAAUGAUUUGAUGUAGAUUUUAAGAAAUCAGACUGGAGUUUGAUUUCAAAGAAGAUUUUUUUUUCUCAGGCUUUGAAGUUUUGAGUUUGAUAAAACGUCGAAAUGAUGAAGCUUGAAAAUUGAAAAGAAAGCAGAAAUUAAUAAAUGAGAAGUUUGAGAGGCUUUCGAGGUUUUCUGGAGAAAAUUUCAUGAAAAACAAAAAAAUUAUAUUUGCUCUUUUUUGCAAUGAAGUUAACUCGAAAUUAUUGUGUAACAAAAACGAAAUUUAUCUUUCUUUUUUAAAAUUCGCUUUUUAGCACCUCGAACAUUUUCAGGAAGUGGAAACGGAGCAGUACAAGAUGAUGUUCCUGCCCGAGCUGAAAAAGUUGGGCUACAGCGGAACUUUCUCGCCCAAGUCCCGAGCAAAAACGAUGGGAGAGGAGGAGAGGAAGUACGUCGACGGAUGCGCCAUCUUCUGGAAAUCUGACAAGUUUGUUUCUUUUUUUACUUUUUUUAAGGUUUAGGCCACAAAAAAAUCGGCCUUCUGUUUUUCAUGAAGGUUUUGCAACAGAAAAGUUUGAGAUGAAAUUUGAAAAACUGACCUUUUUUUCAAUGAUAAUUUCUUGAUUUCAUAAAAAAAUAAGUGAGAUCAAAAUGAAAAAAUUCUGUGAAAUCUAUCCUUUUUUUAUUUCGAAAUUUGAGUUGGGAAUAUUGAUUUUUGUAGUCUGGUAAUAGUUUGAUUACAAAAAAAAAUUUUGAAACUUUAAAAAAAUUUUAAAAAAAUGGUUUAUUUUUCUAUCUAAUGUCUCCUUUUGAAUUGAAUUCCUGGCUCGAAACAAGCUUCUAUUAAUAAUAAAUCUUUAUUUUGGCUUCUUUUCAAGGAUCACAAAUUAUACGUAAAUUUGGUCGGGAUCAACUAGACAGCUAUAGUUUCAAGCAUCAAAAUUUAGUUGGAAACUUUUAUUUUUAUCAUUUUUAAGCUUUGGCGAGACUUUUCGAGUUGUAUAGUUAUGAAAUAAGCACCGGAAAGAGCCGUUCUCUGGUUAUUUUUUGUUUUUUCGUUGCUUUUUUUUGGGAAAGUUUUGUUGGCAGACUAUUGAGAGCUGUGCAAAUAGCAUAUAGAGAUCGUUUGGAGAUUUUUGAGUGUUGGUUUCGAUUUUUUCUAAUGGUGAAUGGACUGGAAAGGGGGAUCUUUUUGAAAUAACCUGAAGAUUGGUUAGAAAUUGAGUGUUUUUGAGAAAAAAUCCGGUCCAAUUUCAUAGAAGAAAUAAGAAAAAUUAAAUUUAGCUGCGGUUUAAAAAAAUUUUAUGGUAAACGGCCGCUUACAGACUCUUUUGACAAAAUGAAGCUUGAUUUUUGAGCUUUUCUGAAAGUUUUUAAGACAUAUUUCCCGUAACUUAAGCAAAUUUGAACUUAUGAAAAAAGAUUAUUUCAGAUUUGACCUGGAACGACAGCACACGAUCGAGUUCACGCAGCUGGCGAUGAAACGGGCCUCGAUGUCCGAGAAUAUGCUCAACCGGGUCAUGCCCCGGGACAACAUCGCCCUCUGCGCAGUGCUCAAAAUCAAGGAGAGCGUCUACACGAACCGUCAGUUUUUCGUCUUGCAAUCCGCGGAUUCUAUAGUGUUCUUCAUGACUUUUAAUUCUUCCCUGUGUUUCGUGUGUAUUGAGCCGUCAAAAAAGGGUCCUGUCACGAAAAAUAGGAGAUAGUGCCUGGUUUGGGGGAGAGCGCAGACAGAUUACCACGCUCCCUUGAAUAAAGAAAAAUUCGAAAAAUCAAGCAAAAAAUCAACGACCUUUCCCGCUUUUGAAUCCGACGCCUUCAGGUCGGGUGACGAUCCCCGCGACGGACAACGUCGUCGGAAAUCCGCUCGUCGUCUGCACCGCCCACAUCCAUUGGGAUCCCGAGUUCUGCGACGUCAAACUCGUCCAGACGAUGAUGUUGGCUCACGAGGUGUACAGACUUCUGGAAGAGGUUGGUGAUUGGAGGAAGAAAAAAGACUGACAGUUCGGAAAAAUAGACUGGGAAAAGUAUCGAACACAGAAAACUCAGAAAAGAAAGCUUGUGAUUGGAUUAUUUUUAAAAUAAGCUAAAACUCGGAUAAAUAGACUAGGAAACGUUUCGAAAAUAUAUAAAUUCGAGUGAAAAACGGAAAGUGUUUCUAAUAAAAAAAUUUCAAAAGUUUUUUGGUUUGUCUCAUUUGAGUUAGACUUAAUGAUAGGUCGACGGGUUUAGCAGAACAUCUUCUAAUGAUUUUUUUGUUGAUUUUUUUGAGGGUUUUGAAAAUUAAAAAAAUGUAAAUUUUACCUUUUUUUCUACUUAUUCAUAUCGACCUUGCUCAAUAAUUCUGAACGCAAAGUUUUUUUGAGCUAUCGAAUUUUUUUACAUAAUUUCUAUUUCCCGAUAAGAUUUUCUUCACCAGUUCAAUUCUCAGAAAAUUUAUUCAUUUUUUCCAGGUAGCGAAACAUUUCGGAAUAACGACCCAACAGUGCCCGGUGUUGAUUUGCGGAGAUCUCAACUCACUUCCUGACUCAGGUAUUAUAUUUUUCUUUCUCCAAAGGUGUUUUAAAUCCAAAGUUUGUCAUCUGUUAAAGCAUUGAAAUCACGAUUUUCCAAAAGAUAUCGAAGAGUUUUUUGUACGAAUGAUUACGCAGCCAUGUUGUUUUCAUGCACUUGACGGAGGGCUUCAAUUUUUGGCGCCUAUUUCUAGAUUUUCCCUUGACGACGUCAGUAGUGAAGCCUUUUCUCUUGUUUUCGGGCCUCUUUUUCGCUCCAUUUUAACAAUUUCAUGUUUUAGCUUUUGGCUAGAAAUUGGAUGCAAACUUUAUGAAAACUUCAAAUUUAUGUAACUUUAAUGUAUUUUUUGAAAGUUUUCAAGUCAUGGAUGAAUAUCGAAUUUUUUUGACUGAGUUUGGACUUUUUUUCAUUUUUUUGAAGUCUCGAAAGAGCUUGAGCUGAGAAGCUUCAAAAUUGAUUAUCAAAAAAAUGAAUUUUUCCAACCGUUUUUCUUCAAUUUUUUUGUCAUUGAACUUUUUUUGAGCUAAAAAAAUUCCAUUCAAUCUUCUUUUCUAAAUUCAAUUUUGAGGAUUCUUUCCGAAUAAAGUUUUUAGAGGAUCAAUCUUUUAGGAGUUUUUCGAGUAUUUGUCGCGAGGUAACAUCUCCCGACAACACAUGGACCUGAAGUCGUUCCGCGACGACGUUUGUCUCGACAAAUUCUCGACGUCUUCUGACCGGAGCGUCAUCCAACAUCCGCUGCGGCUCGAUUCGGCCGUCGAACCCUCGACCAACCCCUUCACCAACUAUACGUGAGUUUCCUGUUACGUAUAUGUCUAGCAAGAAGUUAUCGAUGUUGCCGAUUCAAUUAUCGAAACGAUCCUCUCGUGCUGGUGAGGUUGAUCAGUAGUACCAAUACGGGCCCUCAGCGGGUGUACCCGUAUAAGCCAGUAAAAGCGUAGUCGGUAGAACUUUUUGGCCUUUUUUUUAUCACAGUUAAGGCACCAUUUUAGCAGAUCUAUUUCUUCCUGCGCCCGUUUAUCUCCCGUUUCAAAACAUGGGAAAAUCGUAUAGUCUAAACCCGAGUUUAGGGCGGGUACACCCGUUGAGACACCGGGCCAGGAUGAGAGCUUCCAGAUUUCUCAUUCAGAAAAACUUAGAAACCAACACCCUCUCAGUUUUAUAGCUGAUUCACGGCUGGCUUGAGCCAUCGAAAAAAGGGUCCUGACACGAUAAUGCACGAGAUAGUGCCUGGCUCGUGGAUAGGGCAGACAAGCCACGCCCCCUUAGAGUCCUAAGCUAGCCAUGAAUCAGCUAUAUCACUUUUAAGUUAGCUAUUUUUGAUAAAUUAAUAAUAAUAUUUGAGAUCACAUACUGUACAAAGAAAACCAGAAGAAUGUGAUUUCCCACCAAGUUAUUUCAUUUCCCCAUUUCCAGGCUCGACUUCAAGGGAAUGAUCGACUACAUCUUCUCGACCCCACAGUCGCUGGCUCGGCUAGGCGUCCUUGGCUCGUUUGACUCCAACUGGGUCUCCACCAACAAGAUUCUUGGUCAGUUUGGUUCAACGAAAGCAAAUAGUUCUAUGACAUCUAGUUUUUUUUUGACCCUAGGACUUCAAAUCAGUUAGACCGAUUGCAGUAGAGAAAAAGAGGCGAUUAAAAACAACUUCAACGUUUCGGAUCUCACAUAAAAUGAUCUACUUUUACCGCUUGAUGAAUUGGUUUUUCAGCUAGAAUGAAAGUUGUAGUUCAUUUUUCACGACUUGAAACUGCUGUUUUUCUCUCUGCGCCCUCCUCGUUCCUCGGCGUCUCUCUCAUUUUCCUGUGUUCUUUUCUGACCUCGCCGACGAGGGAACAGAGAGACGCAUACAGUCGGAAACUUUCAAGUCGCAAUGAACGGACUAUACCGAAAUACUUGUCACGGAAUGAUCUGAACUAAUAAUUAGGCAGUUUUUCACUCUAGUUUGGAAUUUCUUGAGAAGUUCGGCGAAAACGCUUGAAGCUGAAAAAUUGGAACUCUUCUUUUGGUGAAAUAUUUUUGAAGACAGAUUCAAAAGGUGUUGGAGAAGGUACAAAUAGGAGUUUUAGUUUACACAAGUGCUCUUUUUUCUCUUUUUCAACAAUCCUUUUUCAUGAACAAAACGAAAAUCAUUGCAGGUUUCCCGCACCCGCACGUACCUUCGGACCACAUCCCGAUCAUGGCGCAGUACGCGAUCAUUCCGACGUCACAUCAGCGAGUACCGCCGCCGCCCGUCCAACUCUCUUCGUCGCACAUCGGCGUCAUCGGCGGCGGAAUCCCGUCGCACGCCCUUAACGGCAGCGCCAACGGCCUCGGACAUCCCUUCGGCGCCACCCGAUGA